UUUUUUUUUUUUUUUGAAGAAGAAGAAGAAAUGAUGUCGCCAGCUGCUAUUGAGGCCAUCCAGCAGCUCCAGCCACUGCUGGCUGGAGAUCCUGAAGAAGGAGAAGCCACGGAUGCAUACAAGCUCAGGGAUGAUCUCGCCUACUCCCUCUCCAGGCUGCCCCUAGGAACAAGGCGGCCGAUCAAGAUCGUGUGUGCUGGCGCAGGUUUCAGCGGUCUCGCUCUCGCGAAGGAGGUAGAAAGCGGACAGCUCCAAAAUGUAACUCUAGUUGUGUACGAGAAGAACGCUUCUGUCGGCGGCACCUGGUACGAGAACCGUUAUCCAGGCUGUGCAUGUGACAUUCCGAUACACAACUAUCAGUUCUCCUGGGCUCCGUAUCCCCACUUUCCCUCAUACUACGCGGCCCGGGAUGACAUUCAGGGCUACAUCGAAAACGUGGCGGAUCAGCAUCACCUAAGAGGCUAUGUCAAGACUUCCUAUAAGGUCUUGGGGGCCAAGUGGAUCGAAGACCGGCAAAAGUGGCAGGUACGAAUCGUGCAAACGGACGGCAGGGAGUUGGUCGCAAGUAACCGUCAUACCCGGGAGGGUGAGAAAGGGGAACCCUUUAUUGAAGAAUGCGACGUCUUCAUCAAUGCAACAGGCUGCUUCAAUGAUUGGAAGUGGCCCAGCAUUCCAGGCCGCGAAGCCUUUCAGGGCCAACUGCUCCAUUCGGCCGUCUGGCCCAGGGACGCUCAACUCGCAGGCAAAACCGUUGCUAUUAUAGGCAACGGGAGCACAGGGGUCCAGAUCUUGCCGGCGAUCCUGGACGAGGUGAAUAAAGUCUAUGUCUUCAUCCGGAGCAAGACGUGGGUUACGGCCGGGUUCGCCCAGAAGUUCGCCGGACCAGGCGGGUCGAACUUGGUCUUCUCGGAAGAGCAAAAGCGGAGGUGGGCUGAACAUCCAGAAGAGUACCUCGCAUACCGGAAGGCAGUCGAGUCCGAGUUGAAUUCCCGCUUCAGGCUGUAUUUGAAACACUCACAGGAACAGACGGCGGCUAGGAAGUUCUCGGUGCAGCAGAUGUCGGAGAAACUCAGCGCGAAGCCGGAGAUUUUGGAUUAUCUGCUGCCGGACUUUUCUGUUGGGUGCCGCCGUGCCACGCCUGGAAAUGGGUACUUGGAGGCUCUGUGUUCCGACAAGGUCGAGAUAGUUUGGGGAGAAAUCAACCGAUUCACGCGAGGCGGCCUCGAGUCUGCAGCCGGGGCCCAUUACGAGGUCGAUAGCAUUAUCUGUGCAACAGGCUUCAACAUGAGCUUCUCUCCGAGGUUUCCCAUCAUUGGCCGAAAUGGGGUUGACCUUCAGAAGAAAUGGGACGCCAGCCCCGAAUGCUACCUCUCGGUCACGGCGGCAGACAUGCCCAACUACUUCAUGUAUCUUGGCCCCGGGAGCCCGCUGGGCCACGGCAGCGUCGUCAGUUCUCUGGAGAGGGUGACUCACUACAUUUCCAAGUUUAUAACCAAGAUGCAGACCCAGAACUACGGCUCCGUGGUGCCAAAGCCGCACAUCCCACGGGCUUACCAGAAGCAUGCACUGGCCUGGCUGCAGAAGACGGCGUGGAGCAGCCACUGCGUGAGCACGUACAAGAACGGGACCGUCGACGGACCCAUCAUCUCUCUCCACCCGGGCUCGCGAUUGCAUUUCUUCGAGCUGCUUCAGAACCCGCGGUGGGAGGACUUUGAGUGGCAGAGUCUGUGUGAGGAUCCUGACCUGACUUUUGCUUGGAUGGCCAACGGAUUUAUCCUCGACGAGUGUGUCGAGAACUCCGACAAAGACUUGACGUGGUUCUUGCUGCCGGUGCCGAAGGAGGGUUUUAUCAAGCGAUCAGCGAUAAAUGGGGUAAAUGGAGGGAGUUCAUCGGUGGUUUCAGAAGCUUGAAAAAGGCCUCAGCGUAACAAGUGGGUAGUAGUAACGGGAGUGACGCGGCUAUUUGUGGC